AUGUUCCACAUCAAAUCUGGCCAGCAAUCUCUUGUUUACACGGGUGACUAUAACAUGACACCAGAUCGACAUUUAGGAGCUGCUUGGAUUGACAAGUGUCGUCCUGACCUACUGAUUACAGAAUCAACAUAUGCAACAACAAUUCGGGAUUCUAAGCGUUGCCGUGAAAGAGAUUUUCUUAAAAAAGUCCACAGUUGUGUAGAAAAAGGAGGAAAAGUGUUGAUACCUGUGUUUGCACUUGGCAGAGCCCAGGAAUUAUGCAUUUUGUUGGAAACAUACUGGGAACGCAUGAAUUUAAAGGCUCCCAUUUAUUUCUCCCUUGGACUGACAGAAAAGGCAAAUCAUUACUACAAAUUGUUUAUCACAUGGACAAGUCAGAAGAUUAAGAAAACUUUUGUUCAAAGGAAUAUGUUUGAAUUCAAACAUAUAAAACCAUUUGAUCGAUCUUAUAUUGAUAAUCCAGGUCCAAUGGUUGUAUUUGCAACUCCAGGAAUGUUGCACGCUGGUCUCUCUCUACAAAUCUUCAGAAAAUGGGCACCAAAUGAAAACAAUAUGCUUAUCAUGCCUGGUUAUUGUGUGGCGGGAACAAUUGGUCAUAAAGUUCUUGGAGGCAUCAAAAGAUUAGAAUUCGAUAAACAAGUGUUGGAGGUGAAGCUACAGGUGAGAUACAUGUCAUUCAGUGCUCAUGCAGAUGCAAAAGGUAUCAUGCAACUGGUGUCUCAGUGUGAACCUUGUAAUGUCAUGUUGGUGCAUGGGGAAGCUGCCAAAAUGGAUUUCCUCAAGCAGAAAAUUCAACAAGAAUUUGGCAUUGAUUGUUUCAAACCAGCCAAUGGUGAAACAGCCAUCAUACGAACCAUUCACAAUGUUCCACUUGAUGUUUCUGUCACUCUUCUCAAGAGAGAAGCUUCUCUAUCUGGCUUAUCAAUUCCUGACCCUAAACGUCCUCGAAUUUUGAAUGGAGCUCUUGUCAUAAAAUCCAAUAAAACCCAACUUGUGGAUCCAGUUGAAGCCAUGAGUGAUUUGGGUCUAAGGCAACAUCAGCUUCGUUUUACAUCAACCAUCUCCCUGGAUGAUGAAGGCCCUGUAGCAGAUACAGCAGACCGACUUUACCAAAAGAUUAAAAGUAAACUCAAGGAUUAUCCCAUCCAUUAUUCUUCUGAUGGUUCUAUUACCAUCUCUGAUACUGUUCUAGUUCGUGUCUCUGGGGAUGAAGAAACAAAAGACAUUGCAGUUUCUUGGUUGCACCAGGAUGAAGAAUUGGGGAGUUUUUUGCUAAACCUUCUUAGCAAUGGCUUAGAGACAUAA